AGGAGAUGGAGGCUGGACAGUCUCUCCAGCAUUCACAUAGCCUUAAGCAACCCCACAGGAACAAGACCCCACCCUGAAUGUAACCAUCCUUCCUCAAGAGCCCUCUGCUUUGUCGAAGCCCAAAACCUUGGCUUUCUCUAGGAGCGAGACUGGGCUGCCUUCUCCUCUCACACCCCAUCUGGCCUGAGCAUCUGGCUUUCCAUAUCAGAGAGUGAGCCCAAGAGUAGGAGGUGGGGCCCAUGCAUUCUCUCACUGGACGCCGUGAGCACCCCCUGAUUCCUUCCUGCCAGGUGUGACUCACUGUCACCUCUUCUUUUCAUUCUCACGCUUGCUACGUGACCUAAGCCUGUUCUCGGUGCCUCAGUCUCCUCAUGGGUAAAACAGGGACACUGUUAGGGUUUAUCUUCAAGAUUAUCAGGAGGACUAGAUGAGUCAAUAUUUGCAGAGCUUUGAGAAGAAUCCAGUACAUGGUCCAGGCUCCAGGAGGCAUUGACUGUUGCAGAAUGACACUUGGUCUCUUCCAUGUGGUGUUGCAGGAACAGAACUGGGAGCUGGUCACGCUUGUGCUCAUCUGAAAUAUUUCCAGAAGAGCUAGUGUGGGCCCGGCCUGUCUGAUCACGGGAGAUGUGGAGAGGGCUGUGACCCAGUCUUGCCUUCAGGGAGCUACAGGCAGGGGAGCUAGAUGAAGAUGCUGAGGCCCAGAGAGAGGAAGUGACUUGCCUGGCGUCACACAGAGGGGUGAGGUGGAGCAGGGCCUCUAGUCCAAACCCCCUGACUGCACUGGUGUUUGUGCUGAGACUCCAGGCUGCUUCCCAGGUGCUCUGGGACAGCACCUGCCUUCCAUCAGCAGGACCAUGGGCAGCAACAAGAGCAAGCCCAAGGAUGCCAGCCAGCGGCGCCGCAGCCUGGAGCCUGCCGAGAAUGCCCAUGGAGGUGGCGGGGGUGCCUUUCCCACCUCACAGACCCCCAGCAAGCCGGCCUCUGCCGAUGGCCACCGCGGCCCCAGCACAGCCUUCUCCCCUGCGGCUGCUGAGCCCAAGCUCUUCGGAGGCUUCAACUCCUCGGACACAGUCACCUCCCCACAGAGGACAGGACCUCUGGCUGGUGGAGUGACCACCUUUGUGGCCCUCUAUGACUAUGAGUCGAGGACAGAGACUGACCUGUCCUUCAAGAAAGGGGAGCGGCUCCAGAUUGUCAACAACACAGAGGGAGACUGGUGGCUGGCCCACUCGCUCAGCACAGGACAGACGGGUUACAUCCCCAGCAACUAUGUGGCACCUUCAGACUCCAUCCAGGCUGAGGAGUGGUACUUUGGCAAGAUUACCAGACGGGAGUCAGAGCGGUUACUGCUCAAUGCGGAGAAUCCAAGAGGGACCUUCCUAGUUCGAGAAAGCGAGACCACGAAAGGUGCCUACUGCCUCUCAGUGUCCGACUUCGACAACGCCAAGGGUCUCAAUGUGAAGCACUACAAGAUCCGCAAGCUCGACAGCGGGGGCUUCUACAUCACCUCCCGCACCCAGUUCAGCAGUCUGCAGCAGCUGGUGGCCUACUACUCCAAGCAUGCCGACGGCCUGUGCCACCGCCUCACCACUGUGUGCCCCACGUCCAAGCCACAGACUCAGGGCCUGGCCAAGGAUGCCUGGGAGAUCCCCCGGGAGUCGCUGCGGCUGGAGGUCAAGCUGGGCCAGGGCUGCUUUGGAGAGGUGUGGAUGGGCACCUGGAACGGCACCACCAGGGUGGCCAUCAAAACCCUGAAGCCAGGCACGAUGUCUCCAGAGGCCUUCCUGCAGGAGGCCCAGGUCAUGAAGAAACUGAGGCACGAGAAGCUGGUGCAGCUGUAUGCGGUGGUGUCUGAGGAACCCAUCUACAUCGUCACGGAGUACAUGAGCAAGGGGAGUUUGCUGGAUUUUCUCAAGGGGGAGACGGGCAAGUACUUGCGGCUGCCUCAGCUGGUGGACAUGGCUGCUCAGAUCGCCUCGGGCAUGGCAUAUGUGGAGCGAAUGAACUACGUGCACCGGGACCUCCGUGCAGCCAACAUCCUGGUUGGAGAGAACCUGGUGUGCAAAGUGGCUGACUUUGGGCUGGCCCGGCUCAUCGAAGACAACGAGUACACAGCCCGGCAAGGUGCCAAAUUCCCCAUCAAGUGGACAGCUCCAGAAGCUGCCCUCUACGGCCGGUUCACCAUCAAGUCAGACGUGUGGUCCUUUGGGAUCCUGCUGACGGAGCUCACCACAAAGGGACGGGUGCCCUACCCUGGGAUGGUGAAUCGUGAGGUGCUGGACCAGGUGGAGCGGGGCUACCGGAUGCCCUGCCCGCCGGAGUGUCCCGAGUCCUUGCACGACCUCAUGUGCCAGUGCUGGCGGAAGGAGCCUGAGGAGAGGCCCACCUUUGAGUACCUGCAGGCCUUCCUGGAGGACUACUUCACGUCUACCGAACCCCAGUACCAGCCCGGAGAGAACCUAUAGGGAGCAGGCGAUGGGGCCAGACUGGCUUCUUGGCUUGGAUUUGGGGCUGGGUGACCCCCGAUAGGGGUCUUGCCUCUCUCUGCCUGCCCUCGUUGAUCCUCUCUGGGGGACGAGGCCCCUCCCUCUUUUGUGGCAAUGGAAGGGCUUGGGGCCUGGGGCAGCCCAUGAGGGUGGGGUCCAAGGCAAGCACAGUGACUGCGUCCCGGCUCCUGCUCCAGCCACAAGCCUCCUCCCUGCAUUCCCUCCUGGAGCUUGUGCUUCCCGGCAGGAGGAACUGGGAAGAACGGCAGGAGCUGAGGGCACCUUCCCCAGCCUCAGCCUACUCCACGCGUCAGCUCCUUCCCACUCCACGUUGCCCCAGGUCUGUCUGCAGAGCUGGCCAGAGAGCCUUUCCAAAGAGGAGUGCUGGGCCUCUGGCUCUUGGCCUGCCUGCCACUCUGCCCCUGGCCAUCCAUUUCUGAGACACCUGUUGGUGGAGGCCACGGGGUCCAGACCCCUCUGUUGCGGCUCCCAGGCUGGGCAGCCUGAGCCCUAGCCUAAGUUGAUGAUGGUGGUUGGGGUGGAUACCCCCCUCAAGUACUGCCCUUCUUAGACUUGAGGGACCUUUAGACAUCAAUUUAUUGUUCCCAUAUUAGUCAUGGGGAAACGAGCCCAGAGAGGGAAUGUGACUUGCCCAAGGCCACAGAACAGUUCAGGGUUGAGGUGGGAUUGGAACUCGGUGCUCCCUCUGUCUUCCUCAGGAACCAACAAGAUUGCCUUCAGAGGCAUCAUGGACGGACUGGGCAGCCCAGAGACAAGGGGCCUGAGGGCGGGUUAGAGAUAGCUGACAGAGUCCUAUUGCCACUGCCUACUUGGCCGGGCUGUUGUGGCAGGAGAGAGUGGAAGGUGAUGUGGGGCUGGGCUAGGAAUGAGGGGCAAGGGUGCAGGUGUACGGAGACAGGCUUCAUUCAGAAUGUGGGUGGUUUUCAACCUUUGGAGAUUGUCAUCCGUGAACAGGAGUGAGCGCCUUGGCUCUGGAGGCAAUCAAGCAGAAGUAGAAGAUCCAGGUCUUUAGGGGGCCCUGACCCUGGCAGCUGGAAGGAACCCCAGGUCUUCCUCCCGCAGUUUGUCCUGUUCCAUUUCAAUGUUCUCCUCCCCAAGUGGGCACCCCUUGAACUCCAGAGUAGGAAAAGGGGCGCCUAGGUUGGGAGGAGAAAGGACGAGGAUGUCCACUGCCAUGGACACGCGUGCCAGGGCGCUGUUUGACCGCAUGGCCCUGCCUCCCUUGGUCUGGCUGCAAGUGAGGCCAUGGUCUCCACAGCUGCUCUUCCCUGGGGCCGACCCUGUGGCCUGGCUUCGCCUGGUGAGCCCAGCUUGGGGCAUCAGGAGGCUGUUUUGACCCUAGCUCUGCUGUUCAACUUUGGGGUGUGUGGUGGCUUCUCCCUGGGCCUCAGUGUGCCCAUCGUAAAGGGGAGACUGACAGUUUCUGAGCAUCUUGCCGAGGGCCCCUUUGUGUUUGUGUGUGUGUGUGUAUGUGUGUGAGAUUGUGUCUCCAUGUGUGUCCAUAUUUAACAUGUAAAAAUGCCCCCUACUCUGCCUCCCAGACACGUUGUACAUUUCACCCACAGCCCCCUAUCAUAGCAAUAACAUUCCUGCUGCCAGGGGUUCUAGAGCCAGGCCCUGCCAGCAGGGAGGGAGGCCAAGUGGUGCCUGCCUAUGAAAUUUCAACUUUUCCUUUUACACAUGUUUAUUACCCAAGUCUGUCUGUCCCAGUCAAGUCUGGGCUUGCUUACCCCACUGUACUCCCAAAUCCCCCUCCACUUGCCCAAGGCCCUUUGUAUAAGGUGUCCUAAUACUGUCCCCCCCCUUUUUUUUUUUAAUAAACUGUGUUUUGUAGAUUUCAGAUGACUAUGCAGAGGCCUAGGGGAACCCCGGCUCUGGGCAGGACCUAGUGGUCCUGCAUUCCAUGGCCCAGGCUUAGGGGGGUGGGGGGAAUCCAGAAUUGGUUGUACAUACUUUGCAUAUUGUCUGAUUAAACACAAACAGACCUCAGAAUUUGGUCAGUGGCUUAUUGUGGGAGCGUGA